CCUUAUGUAAACGCAUUAAACAAAUAUGACCUCAGCUUAAGACACUUCUAUCAUUUCACAUGCGCGCGAGGACAGACCUUGAUUGGGUAAUUUCGUCAAGCAGCGGGCGUGCGAAGAAAGUACGGGAUUAUGAAGGGUAGCAAAGCUACGGUCUUGACUCUAGCUCAGAGAUGCAAGAAUAUACUAGCUUCAAAUUGGCAAGCUCACCUCAAUACCAUCAAAGCUGACGCUAAAGGAAGCAAGGAGGAUAUAUACACUUCAAAAGUUAAGUACAUAGUCAAGAAGGGGAGACCAUAUAUAUGGGUACCUGAAAAAGAUAUGCACAAUGUGAAUACAGUCAUUGAUGAACGUGGUUCAUUGGCUAUUUCAAGUCCGUUUCCAUGGCCUUUAUCAAGUUUACUCAGAAAUAUAAAGAAGUUGCCAGCAAGGAUUGCUCUGACUGGGGAUGUCAUCCCUCUUAAAGAUGAAAAGGCUCAGUUGGCUACGGAAAGUGUUAAAGAAAUCAUACUGUCUGAACAAAGAGUGAUGAAUGAGUUCACUUAUACAGUUUCUGGCGUGUUAAGUUCUUCUAAUCUUAUUACUACGACAAGAAGUGAAAACCUUAAGGAGCUUGUUGAUGGAGGUGAAAGAUACCGAGUUUAUAGGUUCAAUAUGAGAUCAUGCAUGUUUAUCGAUGGCCAUGAGCACACUCAUGAAGUGGACUUGGAAGAUAUGGAGACAUCUAAAGCACACCCCUUAGCAUCUUUUUCCGCUAAGCUAAUUGAUGGCAUCAAUCAAAGUGAAGCAAGGCGUAGAGCCCUGAUUCUCUUUUGUUUUCUAUACAUGAACACAAGCGCAAAAGUUGCAUAUGUGCUCUCCGUUGAUUGCAAGGGAUUCGACGUGUUGGGGAAGGUUCCAAGUCCAGUAAUAAAGGACGGAGUUAGUGAACACCAGUGGAAAGAAUUCAGGUUUACAUUCAAGGAAGAAGCACGUGAUGUUGAAACUUUUUGUCGUCAACUUGUAGAAAUGGAGGAGGAAGCUCUCAAGAAGGUUUCAAGCUACAGCGGUUUGACAUGAGAGUAUAUGGAUACUUUUUACCAUUAGGGUUCAGGAAAAGCAGUUUUCAAGCUAUGUAAUGUUUUGGCUUUUUGUUAACCAAUAAGGCUACUAGAACUAGAAAUGGCUGCAUUAUUUACUGUUUUUGGCUAGUGAGAGUAUCAGCAAAACAGUUUAAAAAAAGAAAAGCCCCACAGCUGACAGGAUACUUUGGAACCGAACACAAAGCAAUAAAGGUUUUGAUUCGAAUAUAAAA